AUAUAUUUUACUUUCAAUCAUAUUUUUAUUAAUAUUAAUAAACAUAUAACCAUUUCAUUCACUUAUAGCAUAUAAUAUUCUACGCAAUCGAUAUUGUUGAGGCGUACACAGAUUAAUUAAUUAUACACGUAUGCUUUGAAUAAGAGUUCGAAACAAUCACAAUCGUGUCAGGUGUAUUCAGAGCGGUCACUAGAGUUUGCGGAACCCAGGGUAAAAACUGACACUAUUAAAAAAAUACAGGUUCUUGUAUAUAAUGGUCACUUGUUAUAUUGCAUUUAUUUAUAUGGCCUACUAGCUAAAUUCAAAUGUUAAAUACAAAGCGCUAUAAUAUCACGCGUUAUAAAGAUAUGUUGCUACAGGUUGUUGCCACGUGUUGCAUAACUACACUUUAUAUAGCCACGCAACGUCUCGCGUUAUAUCGCCGAUUCAUGAUCAAUUGUUAUAUCGCCCUAUGUUGUAUGAAAUAUUGGUACGAAAUUUGAUACUUAGAUUACUAUAAUUAUUUUAGUGUGUAAAAAAUUGUGUAAGUUCAUAAGGAGGACAAGUGCACCAUUUGUUCAGCAAUAACGGCGGUCCUGAGCAUAUAGGUAUAAUACUCCUCCACGCUUCCCGCUAUCCUCUUCGUACCUUGGAUAUAUCGCAGCACGCAAGUCCGCAAAUAACCGAUAUGUACUCGAUUCACUGCGAAAAAUAUCAACUUGUAGCUUGUCAUUGUGGCACACGUACGCUGUGUAUUGUAUCCUCAGAAUCUGUGCAUUAGGUUGUCACGGCUACGUUAUCAACAUGCAUUAUUGAUUCAGUGUUUUUUGAAGCUAAAGGAAAUCUAGAUUGAUCACAGUAUUACUAAAUUUUAAUAGUAAGUUCUAAUGUUAUUAUACGAAUCACUGUUCGUAAGGCCAUGUGAAUAGUGCUUAUACCUGCCGAAAACAUUUCACCAUAUCAUAAAUAUAUUGUAACAUCGUUGCAUGUUUUUAAAGUUCACGAGAUGAAAUUUAGAUGUACAAUACUUUCGUAGGGUUGUACAGCAUUUAAUUGAAAUAAAAAUCAGAAAAAGAGAGUGGUGCACAUAAUUUUAAGACCUUCUUUUAUUUUUGAAACGUCUAAAAAAUUGUUGAAGGGAAAUAUAUUUGCAAAUUGUUUUUAGCUGCAAUUAUAAAAAGUUUAUGAAGGUUAGCGGAUUAAAUUAGAUUAACUUACGUAAGAACACCCUACCGUUUGGUGUUAAUUAUACUUAUGUAUAAAAUUAACUGGUCAAAGUAAUUUAUGUUGUUUUAAUUUAUCUAAUACCUUUUAUUACAUAUGAGUUAAUACGUGCUAUAUAAAACAGCAAUUACAUUUACACGACAGUUUGACCGCCGAAAAUAAAGGUGAUCUAUUUCAGGUAAGCAAUCGAACGAUGCCACCUGGUCUUCCGGUUCAGAUUGUCAAUUUUGAUAGCACUUCGAUAGCAACUCACCUACAUACAUAUUUGCACGCAUAACUACAAAACUAUCAAAUUGUAUUGUUAUCUUGUGCUCAUGUUACGUCUAUCUGUAUAUUGUAAAGUCACAUGACACAAGUCCCAAGCGAAUGUGUUAAAGAUUCUUCAAUUAUUGAUACACGUCGCACAAAAGACGACCUAAUGUUGAUUUUUUAACCGAACAAUGGAACUCGAUACAAAAGAAAUAAUCACCUUUUGUAUAUAACGCAUUUAUUACAGCUGGGAAUUUAUGUCAACCGAAGUUUCGCAUUUCUGAGUUUAUUUUGGCAUUAUUGUAACUUGGCAACUAACUGGUCGUACAAGGCUAAAAGAAGAACACAACCUCAAAUAGAUAAAUUAUAAAGACUUCACGAAGUAUCGCAAAAUAUCAUUAACAGUUAUCUGCAACAAUGUUUAUUCAUAAUUGUUAACUGCUCGUAUUUAAAUACAUGUUCACAAAUUUCGUCGAAUGAGGCUUCAGAUACAAAGAAUUCAGAACGAAAACAAAGAGAACGCACAGCUACGUGAACAACGAAAGAAAUUAAUUUCAACGAAUAAAUGGUGCAAUGACUGUGAUUGGAAAGAUUGUACAAAAAGCAGAUCGAUUGAACGAUAUAGAUGAUGCAGAAACACAUCGAAUAAUAUGUAAUAUGUUAUGGCCGUUUUUACAUGCAAAAUUUAAAUAAUAGUUCGCAUUUUAUAAGAAGCUACCUAACAGAGUAUACAUAAAUUAUAUAUACAUUAAGGAAAAGUAUAUAAAAACGCAUCGCUGCCUUUUCGUAACAGAGACCUCGCAAUGUUAACAAAUAGGCAAUCGCUACAAACUAAUAACGAUUCAUAGAAUGAUAUACACGAUACUAUAACGAAAUAGUAAUAAUUAUGGAUGAAAUAAAAGUGGCAAAUUUGAGCCAAGCGGCAUCGGCCGCGUGUUCGAUGGCUACGAAUUUCUUGGCGCCAGUGAAAACCGAACGGCAGAUCUACGAGAAUUCAAUGCUCGAGGACGAUCCCAAUGCUAACUCGGUGGUGUCAACUUCGCAAGAAGACAGAACCGUACCGAGAUGGGGUCCAACUCACAAGGGUGCUCAAGAACUUGCAAAUCUUUACAGCACUGAAGAUAUACAUGAUACGUGCACACAGGGCCGGCGCUUACAUUUGCAGACCCAGUUCCAAAAUUGUGCGGAAGCAAAAAAAACGUUACGAUUAGAAAAUUUAAGUUCAAUAGCGAUAGCAGCAUUUUGCGGCAUCGUUACCGCAGAUUUUGGAUCUGGAUUGGUUCACUGGGCUGCUGACACAUGGGGUUCAGUAGAACUCCCAAUCCUUGGAAAGAACUUCUUGAGACCAUUUCGAGAGCAUCAUAUUGAUCCAACAAGCAUAACAAGGCAUGAUUUUAUAGAAACUAAUGGUGAUAAUUUCAUGGUCACAAUUCCAUUCCUUUGUAAGCUAACAUGGGACUUUCUAACUCUACCAGAAUCAGAGAUACAGCAAAAAUUUCUUUGGACUUGUUAUUGGUUUUUACUUGCUAUUUUUGUAGCAAUGACUAAUCAGAUACAUAAAUGGUCACAUACGUAUUUUGGACUACCUGCAUGGGUUGUCUGGUUGCAGGAACAUAGAAUUAUAUUACCUAGGAAACAUCAUCGAGUGCAUCAUGUCGCACCGCAUGAGACUUAUUUCUGUAUUACUACUGGAUGGUUGAAUUGGCCAUUAGAACAACUUCGGUUUUGGUACAUUUUAGAAAUUAUUAUCGAAAAAGCUACUGGUUGUAAACCAAGAGCAGAUGAUUUGAAAUGGGCACAAAAGCGGUCUUGAGAAUUAAUAUAUCUUAUGAUUUUAUGCAUUUUCAUGGAUAAAAAACAAAUUUAACAAACAGACAAAUUUUCCAUGAGUUUAAAAUUUCAUGGAAGAGAAGGAAAUUCGACAUAAGAACAUGCUAACAGAAAAAUUAAAUCCAUACCAUAAU